AUGGGUUCCAUCGACAAAGACCACGCGCCAUCGCGACUUUCGCUAAAGGGUUCAGUGAGUCUUCUCUCGGGACAAGACUUUUGGCGAACUUCUCCGAAUAAACCACUUGGGCUUGGUGCCUUGAAGUUUUCUGAUGGUCCAAAUGGCGUCCGAGGAGAAGACUGGAUCAACGGAGCGCCUUCAGCAGCUAUUCCUUGUGGGACAGCCUUGGGAGCCUCUUUUGAUGUGGAAUUAGUGUCCCGACUUGCCAAUCUCCUUUCCGGGGAGUGUAAACGCAAAGACGUCCAUGGACUAUUGGCUCCUACGAUGAAUAUCCAUCGUUACCCUCUAUGCGGGCGCAAUUUUGAGUCUUUCAGCGAAGAUCCUUUACUGAGCGGCUUAAUUGCUGCUUCUUUCGUACAAGGCCUACAAGCAAAGGGCAUCGCCACGAGCCCUAAACACUUUCUUGCCAAUGAGGCGGAGAACGGACGACGAUGGAGCGACAGUGUCAUCGAAGAGCGCUCUUUGAGGGAGAUCUACCUCGAACCUUUCAGGAUCGUGGUUGAAAAGGCAGACCCAUGGGCGAUCAUGACUGCAUAUAACUCAGUCAACGGCUCUUUCUGCUCCGAAUCGAAGAAACUCUUAUCGAUCCUCCGCGACGAAUGGCAUUACAAGGGUGUGGUCAUAUCGGACUGGUUUGGGACAUAUAGCACAGUAGAGGCAUUCUCAGCUGGUCUCGAUCUCGAAAUGCCCGGCCCUGCGAAAUUUCGCGAGCAAGAUGCAGUUAUGGGCUGUCUCAAGCGUGGAGAGAUAGAGAAGAACCAGAUUAGAGACUCAGUUACCAGGGUCAUGGAUCUGCUUCAGAAGACUGGUCGGAUCGGGGAGCCGGGUUAUCCUCCGGUCGCGAGGGCAGAGGAACCGGAGUAUCUCGACAGUGCAGAGUCAAGGACGUUGCUUCGACAAGCUGCUGAGUCAAGCAUGGUCUUGUUGAAGAACGAGAGGAACACUCUUCCACUAGUCAAUCGUGGGACAAAGGUCGCGGUAUUCGGUCAUCACGCGACGGAGCCAUCCUUGUUCGGUGGAGGCUCAGCAAGUAUCAAGGUUCCAUACUCGUCAACGCCAUGGGACGCCGUACAAGAAACCUACCCGAACGCUAGUCGUGGUCCAGGUGUUUCCAUUGAGCGACUUGUACCUCUACCUAAUGCAUCUAGCCUCGAGGUUAGGGACAUCACCCUGGCAUGGUACAAUGGAGACAAGGUAUCAGACGACGCGUGCUUCUUUUCACAGCCACUAAAGGACACGCUAUAUAUGAUGGUUGAGCAUGCUCCCGAUGGUCUAAUCGAUCGAUCCGACUUCUGCACAUCCAUGAAGUUCAAGUUCACUGCCCAUCAGACUGGCCCCUUCAACGUCAGCCUCUCGGGGCCUGGAAAUGCCCAAUGCCUUGUAGAUGGUGAGGUCGUUCUGGACGUGCAAAGAGGGCUCGAUGUUUCUACAGAAGACUUCCUCUUUGAUCGGUCCAAGCUUGAAGUAUCGCGAAAGGAACCACUGCAAUUGCAGGCAGGUCAGCGAUACAAAUUUGAGGUGGUUAAUUGGUCUUCGAAACACAAAGCUCAGAACGUCAAUCGCGAGUUCUUCAUCCAAGGCUCUCGACUUGGUCUUUCACCAGCUCGGGACGAUGAUAGUGCUUUAAUAGACGCGGAAUGUCUGGCGGAGACUGUUGACAUGUCAAUAGUCGUUGUUGGCACCGGUACAGAAUGGGAAUCCGAGGGUUUCGAUCGUGUCAGCAUGCGACUGCCACGUCGCCAAGAUGAGCUCAUUCUCCGUGUCGCCGAGAAAUGCCAGGGUCAAACAAUCGUGGUAGUUAAUGCCGGAUCACCAAUUGAUAUGAGUACUUGGAUAGAUCACGUCGACGCUGUCAUUUACGCGUGGUUCCCUGGCAUGGAAUUUGGCAACGCAUUGGCUAGAAUACUUAUUGGUGAAGUGUCACCUUGUGGUCGACUCCCAACUACGUUCUGGGACAAGGUUGGAGACUACCCUGCUGGAUACGUGGAGGAGUUGAUGACGGCAGACAAAAAGAUCCAGUAUCGUGAGGGGGUGUUUGUCGGCUAUCGUCAAGAAUCGCUUCAAUCCUACCAACCUCGUUUCGGCUUUGGUCACGGCUUGAGCUAUACCACCUUUAGUUGUUCCGUCAAGAGUCAUGCACAGACUUCCAACGGGAACAACGAGAACUUUGGUGAGACGGUCGUCUUGACUGUUCAGAACACGGGUACUAUGACCGCCAGCGAAACUGUGCUGCUCUUCGUGGAAGCUUUGGAUCCUACCACAACAAGACCGCGCGUUGAGCUACGAGGGUUUGCAAAGACGCGUCUUCUUGAGCCAGGCAGUUCCCAGGACUUGGACUCUGUCUUGAAGCCACGCGACUUUGCUUACUGGGAUGAGAAAGAUCAUUUGUGGCGCAUUGACGCUGGGUCAUACAGGGUACAUGUGGCAGGGUCGCGUGGGGUUGGAGAUUGGAAGGACAUCGAGGAUGUUAUUGUGAAGUUUGAAGAAGGCAGGACAGUAAGCUAA